UCGCCUCCCCUUGAACGGUUCAGUACAGCAGAAGCAGUGCAGAGCAGUACAGUGCCCGUGGAGAAAUUGUAGCGCCGUGGUAGGAAAAUAACACUUUUUCCCGCUACUGCGAUAACACCGGUCAAGCGAUAAUGCCACAGCGGGUGUGAAACGAUUAAUCCACACUUCUGUGCUUACGCAAAAGAAAGCGAUAAUGCAUUCGCCAUAAUAGGCUGCGGGUGUCCCUGGAAAUUGCAGUGAUUUAACACAACCGGUUUCAUUGGCAACCGUGAAAUUCCUCGGAUACAAUUUGCAGCUGUGUGAAGAAGCUUGAGAUCGCGGUACCUGUGAUCCGCGUUAUACAUUCCAUCCCGUGCGGGGACGUUUUUCGUGUUGACCUUGCGUGUUUUUGAACCCAAAGAAAAACGGGUUUCGGGUGGAUCUAGGCAUCGCGUCAACCGAAGGCGAAGGUAACAUUUUCAAGGACAUCUUGCGCCCACUGCAGAAACGGGUGCGCAGAAGUACUGUGCAGUGAAGGUUACGAAAGGUAACAGCGAGCAAUAAGAUUACAAAUAUUCAGAAAAAGCAUCAUAUAGCACGACGCAUCGUCUUCUUUCUUAUUAUGCUAAUUGUCAUAAACAAUGGCCACGGUUUAGUAUGUGUGAAGUUUUCCCACACGACAGCAAAAAAUCAUCUUUACCAGCGUCCGGCAGGUAGACGAAGCAGGUGGUGAGAACUGACAUUGUUUAUCUCCCAAGUAAACAACGAGCCGCGUGUGUGUGUGUUUGUGCGUAAAUUUACCGUUACCUCGAUCCAACUGCAAAGUGUGUGCGUGUGUAGUUUCCCUAGCGCCCCCUCACCGGUGACGUAUUGUUUUAUCUUCUUGGCAAUCAUCGAUAACGCGUGUGUGGUUCCAUCACGGUACUUAAGAGUUUUCUUGGUAGCAAUAAAUGUACCACAUUACGGACGGGUGUCCUAUCAGUGAAGCAACACCGUUGAAGCACGACGAACGAUACCUUCUGCGACAGCAGCGAGCAGCAACAUCGUACCGACAUCUUGACCCAGCAGUGAUAGUGCAUACCGCGGGUGGAUCGAGUGAUAAUACGUGCUCCAGCGACAGUAACUGCAGCAACUGCACGACGGAGCUUAGCAGCGAACAGCAACCCAUCGUAGUAACCAGCCGUGGUGGUACAGCAAACGCCCGCUCCACCAUCACCAUGGACGACACGAAGAAGGUGCUGCUGAAAGUUGGCUUCGAUUUUCUCAUCCUCUGCUGCGUUGGAUUUCCUAUCCUAAUCUUCUUCCUGGUCGGUGAUCCGUUUAAGCGAGGUUUUUUCUGUGACGAUGAAUCACUGAUGCACCCUUUCCAUGAUUCAACCGUUACGAACUGGAUGCUGUACAUCAUCGGUAUCUUGCUGCCAGUAAUAGUGAUUAUAAUCACGGAACUAUGCAGAGCAAAGAUGAAAAACACAUCCGAUACACUUCCGCUAAAGGUAUGGAACACGGAUAUUCCCUUCUGGAUCGUGCAGUCGUACAAAUCGGUCGGUAUGUUUGGAUUUGGUGCAGCCGUUAGUCAGCUGUUGACGGACGUCGGCAAAUACACGAUCGGUCGCCUACGGCCACAUUUCUUUGACGUCUGCAAACCCCGGAUGCCCGACGGAACCACUUGUGCCGAUGCUAUCAAUCAAGGACGAUAUGUAACGGACUUCACAUGCACCAGCGAGAAAUCGUCUGCCCGCAUGCUGAAGGAAAUGCGCCUGUCAUUCCCGAGUGGACAUUCCAGUUUCUCGAUGUACACGCUUGUUUUCUGCGCUAUAUUUCUGCAAGCCCGCAUGAACUGGCGCGGUUCGAAGCUGCUGAAACACUUUUUCCAGUUCCUGCUGAUCCUGCUCGCCUGGUACACCUGUUUGAGCCGCAUUUCCGACUACAAGCAUCACUGGUCGGAUGUACUGGCUGGGGGCGUACUCGGUGCCACGGUAGCGAUCGUCGUGUCGAACUUCUGCACCGACCUGUUCAGUGUGGCACGCAAACGUAUGCUGAUGAGCGCAACCUUACCACAAACACGGUACGAGCUUAGCCCAAACCAUACACACGGGAAUGGCAACUAAAGAUAUGGUAGUUGGCUGCACAUACCGCCGUACAAUCCUGAUUCGCUUGCGGACCACCACCUGCACCGAACUUGAUCGUCGAGUUCCUUUUUUGCCAAUUCCUCAAGGGAAAUCUGUGCAUUCAAUGCACUUUUGUGGCGAGAUGCCAACCAUGCGUCACCAAGUAAUCGCAUCAAUUAAUGCUACUACUAUCUGUGGGAAAAGCGGGGGGAUAUGAUCACGUAGUAGCAAUCUCUAGCAUCGUAAGCGACAACCGAUAGCGAACAGUAGUGAGGAGUAAUUUAUUACGUUUACUCGUUAAGCUUUCUAAUAGUGUGGUAGGAAGUUAGGUUAAUUCACAAUAGCAGUAGUUCAGACGAAGUGGCUGAGAAGACUAAAGGCCAACACAUAGGAAAGACACAGCAUAGAUUUAUCAGUUGCUAACCUAAACGAAGGCUGCUCUCGGUAAGAUACGAUUCGCUGUCGAGUUUUCUAUUAGAGCAACAUAAAAUGGUUGUAUAUUUAUCCAUAUAACUAGAUACAAUCACUUUUGUCUGUAAUAAUCUUUAAAAUAUCUAUAAGAUACGAAACCCGCUGCAGAUUCAGAUUUUAUAAGAACCGAUCAGAGAGCGUAAAGAUAGAUUAUUGUUUUAGAUUUCUUAAUUACAGGCAAUAGUCUGUUGUUUCGGUAGCAAAAAUUAUUCCAACACGAUGUUGUUUACAAAUAUAAAUCGACAUUGGUACUUUUCACAACGAUUGACUAACAGUAGAAAAAUGAAUUACGGUGUUUUUUUUUAAUUCAAAGCAUUAGUUGCGUUAAAGUUGCUUAUGCAAACACUUUACUGCAAGGUUUACAUCCCGACUUGGAAUAGAAAAUUAUUAUAUCUCUUGAAGUUAUUAAUUAGAAAGUAUAUGCUGGCACUACAUGUAAUCACAUUCGGUUGUUUAGUAUGUAAAAGUUUUAUUUUUCACAUUACAUAGAUUAGUCCGAAGACCGUGUAAGACCAGAAGUCCUUAGUACUGUUGGAGAUUCGCAGAAAAUAUACGCUGUCGUACGAACCUCAUAAAGAAAACUGCGUUAUGGCGUUAAAUAAUACGCUUGUACCAAGCUAUGGUUUCAAUAUAUGACCUUUGCUUUUUUUCGGAACGUUUAA